UGUCAGCGCGAGGCGGCGAGCGGAAUGCAGCGGCCGGAGGCCUGGCCACGUCCGCACCCGGGGGAGGGGGCCGCGGCGGCCCAGGCCGGGGGCCCGGCGCCGCCCGCCAGAGCCGGGGAGCCGGCGGGGCUGCGGUUGCAGGAACCUUCCCUCUACACCAUCAAGGCUGUUUUCAUCCUAGAUAAUGACGGACACCGCCUCCUGGCCAAGUAUUAUGAUGAUACAUUCCCCUCCUCGAAGGAGCAGAUGGCCUUUGAGAAAAAUGUCUUCAACAAGACCAGCCGGACUGACAGUGAGAUUGCAUUUUUCGGGGGCAUGACCAUCGUCUACAAGAGCAGCAUUGACCUCUUCCUGUACGUGGUGGGCUCCUCUCACGAGAAUGAGCUGAUGCUCAUGUCGGUCCUCACCUGCCUGUUUGAGUCCCUGAACCAUGUGUUAAGGAAGAACGUGGAGAAGCGCUGGUUGCUGGAGAACAUGGACGGAGCCUUCUUGGUGCUGGACGAGAUCGUGGAUGGAGGCGUGAUUCUGGAGAGCGACCCCCAGCAAGUGAUCCAGAAGGUGAAUUUUAGGGCAGAUGACAGCAGCCUGACUGAACAGAGUGUGGCCCAGGUCUCUCUGCCCAGACUAAUCCUGCUUCUAUGGAACUUCCUGCCCUGGUGCACUAACUACCUCCUGCUGUGGUAGCUAAGGCGGAGAUGGACCCAAGCCAUCCCGUGUGGAGCCCCAGGUUCUCCAGUCUGCCAAGGAACAAAUUAAAUGGUCGUUACUGAAAUGAAGGCUGUGCAUUCAGGGCUUCCUGCCCCCGGAGCAUUUCCUCAAUCCUGUCAAAACCUGAAAGACCUUUGGAGAGAGGAGAGACCUCUCUAUACCCCGAGGCCCUCCCAGAACUGACUCCUGAGGUCUCUGGCCAGGGACUCUGAGAUGCAAAGAUUUGGCUUCAUUAGUGACUCACCCUUCUCACUGCCCUGGCCUGCCCUUCGGGCCAUGAGAACCAGCUGAGCAGCCUUAACUCAGACCUUAGGCAUCCUUGGCCCCAGAGCCCUAAUAAACCUGCUUUGUCCUCUGCCAA